AUGGAUACCUGUCUGUGUCUCACCUUCUGCCACAGGGCCUCUAUGGAGGCCAGACUGGAGCAGGCGGCGACGAACCAGCAGUUUCCCAGCUGCCCCUGGUUCCAGAUGUUGACCAGGUGGUUAACUCUCACAGCUCUCUUAUUGGCCGUCUCAGCGAAUCCGGAUCGAGCAGCUAUGGGUCGGGUCACUCCGGGCGUCGCACCGACCCGCGGGGUCAAAGGUCACCCGGGGGACGAGCUGACUUUAGUCUGUGGAGACGGAGCCAACGCAGGAGAGGUGCAGUACUGGCACACCCCCUUUGGAGACCUCCGGUCCGGGGGUUUCCACGGGGAACUGGACCCGGUGUUCGUGCACCCUGACGGGAGCCUGGUGGUCCCCAACAGCAGCGGCCUACACAGCGGGCUGUACUACUGCGUCCUGCAGGACUCGGAGGGGGGAACCAUGCUGUGGCCGUACCAGCUCCACGUCGGCCCCACAAACCAGGAGCCCCAAAACCCCAAAACUAGGCAGCGUGGUGCGUUCAGGGUCAGGAGGGAUGCUGGGUCUGUGGAGGAGGGGCAGGCAGAGGGGGUUUCAGACGGGCAGUUUGCAGCGGCGGUCGCGGCCUCGGUUCUGCUGACCUUUGUUCUGGGCUUCAGCGCCGGAGCCCUGAGCCGGACUCGUGUUCUCAGGUGUUUGGGGGCAGUCACUAGGAGGUUACAAUCGCCACGGAAACAACGCCGAACGGACACACAGGACCACGGCAGCGAGGUCACCGUGACAACCCUGCCUCCCGUGUCCGGCGAUCGGGCCUUCGAGACGACGCAGAGCGACGCGACGAUUUCAUCGUCAGCGUCAUCUCCGCCUAUCAAACCUCAGAGAAGCUUCCGGCAGAAACGACAGGAAGAGACGGGAGAAACCACGGCGUAUCUGGAGGGGUGUGACCACGAGAAAGAACAGGAGGAGGAGGAGGAGGUGGAGGCAGGAAGAAGCCUGGUGGAAAUGAACAAAGGAUGUGAUGUGGAGGCAGAGGACGGAAGAGAGUGCAGAGUGUCAGAUAACUGCUGCUGUGCUGAGUGA